AUGCAUCCUAAUGUGAAGAAGAAUAUGGAACAGCAAGCUUUCCUCUGCCUCUUCCUCUUCCUCUUCUCCCCCCUUUUCUUCAAAAUCCUGCUAAAAGCUAAUAAAUCAAAAGGAAAGAAGCUCCUUCCAUGUCCAUGGCGCCUCCCCAUCCUCGGCAAUCUUCACCUUCUCAAUCCCAACAAACCUCACCACUCCCUCCUCAAUCUCUCAAACAAGCACGGCCCUCUCAUACUCCUCCACCUCGGCUCCAUCCCCACCAUCAUCAUCUCCUCCCAUGAAAUAGCUGAGGAGAUCUUCACCAAACAUGAUAUCGCAUUCUCCGGCCGCCCUCUCCUUACCGGGCCUCAAAAGCUCUUCUACAACUGUUCCAGCAUCACUUUCUCUCCAUAUGGUGAGCACUGGCGUCAAGCUCGCAAGAUCGCCAUGCUCGAGCUUUUUAGCACUCGUCGCGUUCGAUCUUUCGAAGCAAUUAGAAAAGAAGAAGUCGAGAAGUUUGUAACGGCUAUUAAACAUCUCGCAACGGCUAACUUAAGUGAGCUCACGCUUUCACUUGCAAACAAUAUUAUAUGUCGAGUGACGCUUGGAGAUAAAUUUGCAGAUGGAGGAUAUGGAGGAAAAGGAGUGUGGCUUUAUGAGUUGCUUAAGGAGUCGCAGAGAUUUCUUGGCGGAUUUUUUGUGGAGGAUUUCUUUCCGGCUUUGAAAUGGGUUGAUAGAUUAAUAGGCUUUCAAGGAAGGAUAGAGAAGAACUUUGAGCAGGUGGACAAGUUUCUUGAUAGAGUUAUAUCGGAGCAUAUAAAAAAAGAGAAAGAAGAAGAGAGAAGUUAUAAUGUUAAUUGUUGUAUUGAGAAGGAGGAUAUGAUGAAUACUUUGUUGAAGUUGCAUGAGGUUGCAGCCCUGCAUGGAGGUUUUCUAAGUAGCAUAGAUCAUGUGAAGGCCAUCCUAUGGGAAGCAUUUGUAGCUGGAACAGACACAUCAGCAGCAACAAUAACAUGGACGAUGACUCAAUUAAUAAAGAAUCCUAGAGUAAUGAAAAAGUUGCAGGAAGAACUGAAGCAAGCCACUAAUGGUAAUACACACAGACUCAUUCAAGAAUGUGAGCUUGAAAAGCUUCAAUAUCUCAAACAAGUCAUAAAAGAAUCAUUGAGACUAAAACCUCCUGUUCCUCUCCUCGUUCCACAUGAAACCAUUCAGUCAUGCCAAAUCCAAGGAUAUGAUAUACCUGCCAGAACACGUGUUAUCUUCAAUAUCAUGGCUAUUUCCAUUGAUCCAAAUGUAUGGGAGAAGCCACUCGAGUUUUGGCCUGAAAGGUUUGAAGAUAGCAAAGUGAAUUUCAAGGGACAAGAUUUCAAGUUUUUGCCCUUUGGAUCUGGAAGGAGAAAGUGCCCUGGGAUUAACUUUGCAAUGGUGAUUGUUGAACUUGCAUUGGCUAAUCUCCUCCACUGUUUUGAUUGGUCAAUGCCGGAUGGAAUGAAAGCUGAAGAUAUCAACAUGGAGGACAACAUUGGACUCACAACACAUAAAAAGGAGGCUCUUUGCCUAGUUGCUAAAUCGAAACGCAUUGGUACGUUUGAUUGUAUAAUGAGGUUUCAAUUAUAUGCCAGAACACGUGUUAUCUUCAAUAUCAUGGCUAUUUCCAUUGAUCCAAAUGUAUGGGAGAAGCCACUCGAGUUUUGGCCUGAAAGGUUUGAAGAUAGCAAAGUGAAUUUCAAGGGACAAGAUUUCAAGUUUUUGCCCUUUGGAUCUGGAAGGAGAAAGUGCCCUGGGAUUAACUUUGCAAUGGUGAUUGUUGAACUUGCAUUGGCUAAUCUCCUCCACUGUUUUGAUUGGUCAAUGCCGUAUGGAAUGAAAGUUGAAGAUAUCAACAUGGACGACAACAUUGGACUCACAACACAUAAAAAAGAGGCUCUUUGCCUAGUUGCUAAAUCGAAGUGGUGA